ACACCGGGCGGAUUAACCCUUGACACAGAGACGGCGCUCGGGGGCUGCGGAGAUCAGACGUGCCACGCAGCCUGGCUGGGCUCUUUAAAGCCUCCCAGAGACCUGGCUCAGCCAGACGGCGAAGUGCAGCAGGGACGGGAACGCUGCCGACCCACCAGCCAGCCUCGCAGGUGGUGCCGCGAUGAACAAUUGGACGGCCAGGCUGGAGGCGACGGAGGCACCCCUGGGCACUGCCCGCGGGGAGUGUGAGCCGAGUGACCCAGUGCAGUUUGUGCUGGUGCCCCUGGUGUACUGCCUGGUGCUCUGUGUGGGGCUGCCUGGCAAUCUGGUGGCCCUGCUGGCCUUUCUGCAGAGUGGCCAGGUGAGGAAGGCCAUCCGCAUCUACCUCAUCAACCUCACGCUGGCCGACAUCCUCUUCAACCUCACCCUGCCCCUCUGGAUUCCCUACUACUUGGCCGGGGGGCACUGGGCCCUCUCGGACGCCACCUGCCGUCUGGCCGGGGCUGCCUACUACAUAGCCACCUACAGCGCCAUCGCCUUCAUGACCCUCAUCAGCUUCAAUCGCUACUGCACUGUCCGGGUGGCCAGGCUGGACCUGGCUCUGAACCGGCGCCACGGGGCCGUGGCAGCUUGCCUGACGGUCUGGCUGCUGUUCUUGGGCUGUGCCAUCCCCUCCCUGGCAGCCCAGCAGACCUGGGCGGGCCCUCGGGGCACCAAGUGCUUUGAGCAGUUGGCGUGGCACAGGAACCUCUCCUACGCCGUGGUGGGCUUCUUCGCGGUCUCCUUCCUGGUGGUGCUGGGGGCGUACGCCUCCAUCAUGAGGUUGCUCUCGGCCACUGCCUCCCAGGGCAGCCACCGCCGGCUGGCCCGGGCCAUGGUGCUGGGGAUGCUGCUGGUGUUCGUGGUCUGCGUGGCCCCCUAUCACCUCACCCUGGCCCCCUGGGUGGCCGGCCAGACGCAGACCCCCGGCUGCAGCCCACCCUCCACUCUGGACAUCCUGCACACCCUGAGUGUGGCCCUGCUGAGUCUCAACAGCUGCAUCGACCCGCUGAUCUACUGCUUCUCAAUCAAGUGCUUCCGGGCCGAUCUGUGGAGGACGGCGCGCAAGAUCGUCCGGUGCCUCCCACUGCCCCCGUCCCCGCUGGAGAGAUCCAUACCCAACGUCCGGUCCUCCUCCUUCACCUCCUCCUAGUGGGGCCACUGGGAGAAUGGCUCACGGCUUAGCUCGGCUCCCUCUCCAGGGCACUGGUCCACCCUGGCACCAGCCUCCGGCGCCUUGGCCCCAUUGUGAGAAUCUGAACUCGCCACCAGAGCUCUUCCAGUUGGAUGUGGAAGGUCGCCUGGUAACAGCAUCUCCCUGGCCUGAUGGGUGGGUGACCAAUUGCCCAGUGGGAGCUGGAGAUCCGCUCCCUGACACCAUGCCCUGUGGCAGGAGGUUGGCAGGAACGGCUCUGCUGGCGAGUCUGAGCCAACCUGCCCGGAUGCACCCGGCCCACCUGGAUCUCACUUGCUGCCACCCCCAGGCGAUCCAGCCCCCAGUGCUCCUCUGGGACAUGGGCCUCCCAGGGCUUUGGCUGGAUCUGAAGAUUCGAGGGACGUGGACGGUGGCACGUCUCCCUCCUCAGCAGUGCUGGCCUUGUUGCCUUCAUGCUGCUGCCAGGGAGAAAGGCUUCUCCAGGGCUGCUCCUGCCUGUUUUGGAACUCCUUCUUUGCUCAGCACGGGUGCAGAGCUGGCCCCCAUCCUUGCCUUCCUGCUCCUCCAGUGGGUUAAAUCCUCCUUGGGCAGAUGUCCCCUACCAUCACUGCUCAGGGCAUGUCACUCAUCCAGGCUGGAUCGUGGGGACUUGAGCAAUAGCAGCUCCUGGCCCUCCUGAUGGGGCCGUGCCCCAGAGGGUUACGACAGGCUGUGAGUUGGUGGGAGGAAUGCAUGGCUUUGAAUCUGGUGUAAUGCCCACGGCCAGGCCCCCUCUCUAGCAGGGGCAGGACAGAGGAUCCCGCCUGCUUGGAGACAAAGCUGCUUGGAAACGGGCCACAUGAAUUUGUGCCUAAACUGCGUUUUCUCCUCAAAGUUCUUUACCUCGUCUCCUUGCUUGGCGCGGCCGGAACGGAGCGCUGCAGCCAGCGCCCAGCAGGGACGGGUCAUCGUCAGGCUGGGGUCUGCUCUCCCCAAAGGCCUGUUGACAUAGGGUCUGUCAUAGGCUGACACUGACCCUUUAAGAGGGAAGAAGCCCGUGCACCUGUGAAUGGUCACUUGACCCUCACUUAGGCUUAAUUAGGGUCUUAGAGGGGUAGAGACUGGAUGAGCUGGGGACCUAGAGGGUCAGAGCUGCCUGGGACAAGCAAGAGGAGGAACAGUUGAGAGGUGCUGGGAGAGUUGGGGUGCUGCAGGCCCCCUGGAGCAAGGAGGAAUUGCCUGGAGACCAGCAGGAGCCUGGCCAUUGGCCUUCCUAAGCCGGAGAGCCGGGGCUGUGGUCAGGUCGAAGAGCCAUGAGGUGGUCACUCUCAAGUGGCUGGCCGGGUGAGUGGGGGGGCUGCGCUGAGGGUGGAAAGGCACUGGGGACUGGGUGCUGAUGGGCUCUCGGGCAGGUGACCUGGAAGUGAUGUUUCUGGAAAGGGGAGUGGAAAACCAGCAUGCACUGGUGUGUUUUACUGGGGGAACUGGGAGAAGCGUUUUCCCAUGAGGGGUCC